AUGGUACCGAUACGAAGACCUAAAACUGGUUUGAAGUCUUUCUCAAAAUCUCAUGGUGGAAGCCUUCACACAUUUGCAACAAAACUUCCUGGCGAAUAUUCUGUAGGUAUUGAAACAACUGAGGAUGCGACUUACCAUGGAGCAAAAGCAGUAAUCACGAUUAAUAAUCCACAUGUGGAAGUGGGCCAAUACAGUAAAGCUCAAAUAUGGGUUCGAAAUGGACCUGAAGCUGAAACAAAUAGCAUAGAAGUUGGAUGGGCAGUGCAUCCUAAAUUAUAUGGUGACAAUCGCACACGACUUACUGCAUAUUGGACUGCAGAUGGGUUUCAAAAAACUGGUUGUUACAAUACUGAAUGUCCAGGUUUUGUACAAGUACAUAACGAAUAUCACCUUGGUGGAUAUUUUGCUAAUAUUUCUGUCUUUGAUGGACCGCAAUACGGUCUUAAAAUGACCAUUAUUCAGGAUCAAGAAACCGGAAAUUGGUGGUUGAUGGAUGAUGAUGAUUACAAAUAUGGAUACUGGCCGAAGGAGAUAUUCACUCAUUUAGCUACUGGAGCAUCUUAUCUUCGAUAUGGUGGAGCAACAUUUUCCCCUUCUAAUAUACAAACUCCAGUACCAAUGGGGAAUGGUAAUAUUCCUGACUUCAAAGCCGAUGAAGCGGGUACUUUUACAUUUGUUCAAUUUGUGAACGCAGAUUACCAAAUUGUUGACGUUAAUAUCAAAAUGGAGGAGGAUUUCUUUGAUGGCCAGGAUCCAAAUUGUUACGGUGUUGUAGAUUGGAAUGAUGGCCAGGAUCCAAAUACAACCGGGCAUGCCUUCACCUAUGGGGGUCCUGGUGGGCCAUGUCCUUAA